GUGCGUUAGAAUGUCUCGUGCCAAGAAGGCUCGCGGCUGUCACUCACUGUGCGCGGCCUGACGCACAGACCGGUGAAUUUAUCUAAAAUAUAAUGUUUAGUCGCGCAUUAUUGUGACCAACUGACUCUGAGACGUUUGAAGGAAAGGGUGUGUAUCGGUAUCAGUGCAGCCAUGCUGUCCAGAUUAAGCACGAGUGUGAGGCCGUGUGUGAGCGUGUGCCGAUGGGUUCACACUAAAGAGAAGGGGAAACCGCUCAUGCUCAACCCACGUACCAACAAGGGCAUGGCCUUCACUCUGAAGGAACGGCAGAUUUUGGGCAUUCAUGGUCUGUUGCCAUCGAAGAUUGAGACACAGGACACUCAGGCCAUGCGCUUCCAGAAGAACCUGAAGAAGAUGUCCGACCCACUGCAGAAGUACAUCUAUCUGAUGGGGAUUCAGGAGAGGAACGAGCGUCUCUUCUACCGCGUGCUGAUGGAAGACAUCGAGGCUCUCAUGCCCAUCGUCUACACGCCUACUGUUGGUCUCGCAUGUACUCAGUAUGGACAUAUCUUCAGGCGGCCCAAAGGUCUGUUUAUCUCCAUUAAGGACCAAGGACAUGUUCGUUCCAUAUUGGAUAAUUGGCCAGAAACCACUGUCAAGGCUGUAGUGGUGACGGACGGUGAGCGUAUCCUGGGUCUAGGGGAUCUGGGAGUGUAUGGGAUGGGUAUUCCUGUAGGAAAGCUGUGUCUUUAUACGGCCUGUGCUGGAAUCCGGCCUGAAAGUUGUCUGCCGGUCUGCAUUGAUGUAGGCACGGAUAACGAGAAGUUACUGAGGGACCCAUUCUACAUGGGUCUAUAUCAGCGGCGUGACCGUUCCCAGCGCUACGACGAUCUCAUAGAUGAGUUCAUGGAGGCUGUGGUGGAUAAGUACGGACAGGACACCCUCAUACAAUUUGAGGACUUCGGAAAUCACAACGCCUUCCGAUUCCUGAAGAAAUACCGUGAGAAGUUCUGCACCUUCAAUGAUGACAUCCAGGGCACUGCAUCAGUAGCUCUGGCAGGUUUACUGGCAGCUCGGCGUGUUGUGGGGAAGCCAAUAACCGAACAUAAAGUUCUGUUUCUGGGGGCUGGAGAGGCUGCUCUGGGAAUCGCUAACCUAAUCGUGAUGGCGAUGAUGGAGGCGGGAAUGUCUCAGGCAGAAGCCAGAAAGAAAAUCUGGAUGUUUGACAAAUACGGUCUGUUAGUAAAGGGCAGAGCUUAUGAGACUGAUAGUAAUCAGGAGGCUUUUGUUCAUCCUGAUCCCGGGGAAGUGAAAAGCUUCUUAGACGCUGUCAAUGUUAUCAAACCCUCUGCGAUCAUCGGUGUGGCAGGUGCUGGCCGGCUCUUCUCUCAUGAUGUCAUCAGAGCAAUGGGCAGCUUGAACGAGCAUCCCAUAAUCUUCGCCCUCAGCAACCCGACUGCUAAGGCAGAGUGUACAGCUGAAGAUGCCUACAGCCUCACACAGGGACGGUGUUUGUUUGCCAGUGGCAGUCCGUUCGCACCUGUGUCACUAGAAGAUGGCAGAAUACUGACCCCUGGACAGGGCAACAACGCUUAUAUAUUCCCAGGUGUAGCUCUGGCUGUUAUACUCAGUGGAGUGCGACACAUCAGUGAUACGGUCUUCCUUGAGGCCGCAAAGACGCUGGCGGAUCAGCUGACGGAUGAAGAGCUGAGUCAGGGCCGACUGUAUCCACCCCUGUCCAACAUCAGAGAGGUGUCACUGCAGAUGGCCAUCAAGGUGAUGCAGUACGUGUAUUCAAAGGGAAUGGCGUUUCGAUACCCAGAGCCUGUGGAUAAGGAAGCGUACGUCAGAUCGGUUGUGUGGAACAUCAACUACGAUUCCUUUCUGCCCGAGAUAUACGACUGGCCCGGGGUUUCUCACAGCCCUGUAGUAGACUAGACAAACACACGAGAACACACCAGACAGAGAGAAACAGAACAAAAACCAGGAAGUGGGAAGGGAGUUUUCAUUCUUCUGUUUUAGGCACUCCCUUUUUUCGAGUAUUUAUUCAGAUUUCUCCCUUUGGUUAAAUUGCAAUUUCAGUUUAUGAAUGAAUUUUACAAAUCAUGUACAUGUCCGGGAAACAUUUCACUCCAGAAUCCAAAGAAAUAAAUACUAAAUAAUAUUUUGCAUGAAGAAAAUGAAGCCUAU